CACGGGGUGCGGCCGCAUCAGGAGAACAUUGCUAUUUCUGUGUGUGCUGCGAUACAUGUAACAGGUAAAUAGAGCAGAGCAACAUAUUCAUUGGACACAUCGGAUACAACAGAGAGUCAUAGGAGUUUCUACAGGACACUGGACUGCGCACCUUAUCAGACGGAUUUAUGUGUCAGCAUAAUAUCUAUCAGUCAUGGAGAAAGUGAUCCUGGUGCUACUUAUUUCCCUUUAUCCAUUGGACUAUGGCCUUGGGGGUUAUAUGGCUCAUGCCUUGUAUUCAGUGCACUCUAAUCAUAUGGGAGAUACCAGGAGGCCUCUUCCGGUGGGGCAAAGAGUGGAUGGAUAUCUUCCCUUGGACAAGCCAGUCAGGUAUUAUUUUACAGUGAACAAAAGUCAGAGCGCAGUAACCAUCCGAGUGACUCCAUGUGAAUCGCCCAUCCUAUGGACACUGUCUAUCCUCUCCACCCAGGAUUAUUCUGAGCACCUAAUUCCUAAAAAAAAGUAUCAUCACAUAGGCCCUCAGAGAAUAUUUUCUAUCAAAGGAAAUGGGGAAGAAUCAUUCUCAUCCAUAGUGACGUCGGAUGGCUAUUACUUUCUUGACUUCAUGUCACUUGAGUCUGACACCAGCUUCCAGGUCUUUGUCUUGAACCAAGGGGAUGAAUCUGUCCCAUGGCCUAUUCUCCCUGAGGACCCUCGAGUAGAUGUCCUUUCGGUGGAAGAAAAUAAAGUUGAUUUAUCUUGGGAACCAAGCUUGGGACCUUCUGAGAUCGAGGUUGAGUACUGCCUAUUCAUCAAUAGGAGACAUAACUAUAAGACUUUGUGCGCCACUGAGCAAGAUGCUAAAAGUGAACAAGACAAUUUGGAUACCAAAGGAAAGAAAUCUAUGAAUAUAAUUACAGAAAAGUCCAAAAGCAAAGUAUAUUCUUACCCAAAGUCCUAUAAAAGUGUGAAGGUUCUGGGUAUGGAGGGGGAUGAUAACUUUUUGUCUUCUAAAACCUGGGCAGGAGGUCAAAGAAUGUGUGUGGGGACUUCCCUAAAUGCAACUGUAUACGGCCUAAAGCCUAAAAGUCUUUAUUUCUUUGAUGUAUUUGCCAUUAAUUCUAAGGAUGGGCUUAGUGUGGCCUACACUGGUACUUUUGCUGAGACCAAGCCCAAACAAAGAUCCCAGAUACCAAAACUUGCCGAAGAAGAAAUCGUGAAUGUUUUUCUGAAACGUAAAGGUGUUAAAAUAAUGAGCAUUGAUCCAUCUGCCAGUGGACUUAGAUGGCUUUUUGUCCAUUCCUGCCUCCAUAAAGCUCAUAUACAGAUCACGGUAAAUGGCCAAAUUGAAGUCUCUAAAAGUCUUCAAGGAGCCUAUAAUUUCAAACUUAUAGGAAAUCCAAAAGAUAACUUUAUCAUCAGUCUAAAAUCAAGUAAAGGCGGUCCAGGCUUGGUGAAGCUCUUUACUACUACUGCACGCAACCAUUUGCCAUUUUCCAGCUUACCUCCUGAUAUCAACAUGUCCGUAUCCAAGAGAACAUGCUCCUCUGCCACAGUGACCUGGACUGGAAGCGGCCCUGGAACCAAGUACUGUAUCUAUGUCAGACACCUAGAACAUCAUUUGGACCUGAAGCUGAUACACAAACACCAGAACAGCUGCUUAAAUACCAAUGCUAGGUCAAGGGCUGAGAAGGUAGUUUGUCGACAAGCUGGAAGUCAAACAACUUUAGAAGAAAACAUAACAGAUUUGAAACCAGGUAAAUCCUACCUUAUAGACCUGUACUUUAUUAGCCUCCAUAACAACACAAUAAAGUUCCCAAGUCAGGUUGUAAAGGCUCAGGAGUGGUGUACUUGAGUAGAUUAUGAGGACAUCUAAAGAUCUGAACAUCUCAAGAACAUUGCAGACAUCAUGCCCACUACUUAACUUUUUACAGGGUAUUAAAGGCAAUUACUUAUCGUAUACAUAUUCUGAUUGAAUGAUGAUGGACAUUACUGACCAACCCCAAUAAUUGCAAAAAUAGGAACUAUAUAUUUUCAACAAUAAUAACAUCAGCUUUAUGGUGGUUUUUACUGAAUUAAGACUGUCAAGAGUUUUCCUUAUAAGGACCCUUAUCUAGUGAAUAAGAGAGCAGCUGCGAAGAGUGUCUGUCUAGAAGAUGUACUGCUCAUUGAUUUCACUGGGCACAAUGCAAUGCUUCAUUUCUCCUGCGGUGGUGCUGGAGGGGGAUUGUUGAGAGGUUUCCCUGCUCAUUGCAGCUGAUCACUGGGGAUCCCAGCAGUAUCAGAUCCUAAGAUCAGGUUAUAUGAGGACACAUUUUAAGGCUGGUUUCACAUUUUUGUGUCUGAAUUAUUUCCACAAGUACUAGCCUGGCCACGGGUCUGAUGACCCUAGCUGGCCACUGCGGUAGCAAUAUGGACACAGAAAUACAUCCCUAGAACACCCAUGUAAAACUAGCCUUUAAACAGGCAGGGAAGUAAAAAAAUGUUCAUAUCACUGUUCAUAUUACUUCCCUUUUUCCAGAUGUCAGGUUGCUGUAAAUAAUGUAUAAUACUUGUAUGGGAGGUUACUAUUUUAAUAGAAACUGGAUUGAAAUGUACAGCAUUGUUCGUAUUACUUUAUUAUACUAAGUGUUUUAUUUAUAUUAGAUCAAUAUGUCCUAUGCCGCCUGAAAAUGUUUUUCCUGUGCAUUUGUACCAACAAUAUAUACAAGAUGCCACCAUCAAAAUGGACCAAGUCCAAAUGGACCAAUGUCAAAAUGGACCAAGUGGUAUUAGUUAUACUUGUCUAUUGAC